UCGAUCUUCAGAUUUUCUCAUUUGCCACAAAAACCCUUGGGUUUUGGCGCAAAAAAGAGGGGAGAGAGAGAGGGAGAGAGAGGGAGAGAUGAGCAGCGCGGGCGAUAUCCCUCCGAACAUGACCAUAUACAUCAACAAUCUCAACGAGAAAAUCAAGCUCGAAGAGCUCAAAAAGUCUCUUCUUGCUGUCUUCUCUCAAUUUGGAAAGAUAUUGGAGGUUCUCGCAUUCAAGACUUUGAAACACAAAGGACAAGCUUGGGUUGUGUUUGAGGAUGUUUCAUCAGCAACCAAUGCGCUUAGGCAAAUGCAAGGAUUUCCAUUCUAUGACAAGCCAAUGAGGAUACAAUAUGCAAAGACCAAGUCGGAUGUAAUAUCAAAGGCUGAUGGUACUUUUGCUCCACGAGAAAGACGAAAGAGGCAUGAUGAAAGAGCGGAGAGAAAGCGAAGGGAACAGCACCAUGAUGCCAAUCAAGCCGGAGUGGGUCUGAAUUCUGCUUAUGCUGGUGCCUAUGGCAUAACUCCUCUAUCACAGUUGCCUUAUCCUGGAGGUGCGAAGUCAAUGCUCCCAGAGGCACCGGCCCCACCAAACAACAUACUGUUUGUUCAGAAUCUACCCCAUGAGACAACCCCGAUGAUGUUGCAGAUGCUGUUCUGCCAGUAUCCUGGUUUUAAGGAAGUGAGGAUGGUGGAAGCGAAGCCGGGCAUCGCUUUCGUCGAAUAUGGGGACGAAAUGCAGUCGACAGUCGCGAUGCAGGGACUUCAAGGUUUCAAGAUAACACCGCAGAACCCAAUGCUUGUUACAUAUGCAAAGAAAUAGGCCCCACUGAGGAAGUUCCAGUCCUUGGAUGAUGGUUGUGCGUCCCUAUUACAGGUUAAAAGUGGUACUGAUCUUGAACGUGUUAGAUCCUCAUUCCUUUCAUCAUUAUCAUUUUACUUGUUCAGGUCACAGUACAAACUCGAUCGAAAAUGUCAAUGUAUCAUUUUCAUUCAGGUGGAAUUUUUGCUAACUUUUCCGAUGCUAUAACUAGGAAAGCUUACCUUCUGGAAGUUCUUGUUUACAUUCUGUAUUUCUGAAAAAAGAGAUUCUACUGGAUUGCAA